CUUCUUUGACGCUGACCUUCUUCUCGCACUGCACUUUUCGAGUAGACCAUAUUCACCUGUCACAUUUGGCAAAGUGCCCUCUUUCGUUGGGAACGGUUUGGAUAGGAGGUGGGAAUUGGGCUGAUCGCAAUACUCCGGCCGUGGCUUCGCGAGACGUCAUUGUCACGCCGGUAAAGUGUAAAACCAAGCGUCAAAGCCACAGCGUCGCUCUGGUCACCAGCAGCGCCCACGUCACCCUCCCACGGCACAGGCUAAGGUCAUACAAACCUGCCGGCUGCGCGCUACUCGCCGACAGCUUUAAUCCUGCCACUGUCCGACCUCGUCCUCGCUUUGCUGCUGCUGCUGCUGCUGGCUCUCGGUUUCAGGACGAACUACAGCGAGCCACACGACAACAAAGGCACGAGCCCGUCUCUGGCAUUCCCCUGUCAGCCCUCCCACCAGCGACACUGUAGUCUGCAAUGGCAGGCGCACGCCCCAUCCUCGCCAUCACGGCGCUCGUCCUGACCGCUGGUGCCAUCGUCCUGCAAUUCUUCAUCAUUCUGUCCGGCCUCAACCCAUCGCCAUUGAACCUGGUCUACUUCCUGCAGUCGACAACAAACGGCAUCUCGAACGGCAACGACCAAUACCGCAACCCAGCGCGAUGGACCUACCUCGCCAUCUGCGGUGCUGAUGGCAGCCGAAAUGUCGACUGUGGCCCAAAGCGCGCUGCUAUUCCUUUCGACCUCGCGAGAAACUUUGGCACUGAGACUGGCGUGCCAGAGCCAUUCCUCGACAACAACUCCUACUACUAUCUCAGCCGCGUCGCCUGGGCUUUCUACCUGAUUGCUCUGUUCUUCUCGGUCGUCACCUUCUUCAUCAGCGUGCUCGCCAUCUGCGCGCGUCUUGGAGCAUACCUGACUGGCUUGUUCGGCCUGAUUGCCUUCAUGAUGCAAGCUGUUGCUGCUGCAUUGAUGACUGCCUGGACUGUCCGAGCCCGCAACCAGCUCAACUCCAACGGCCAAGAGGCCAGCCUCGGACGCUACGCCUACGGUUUCACAUGGGGAUCAGUCGCAGCCCUCUUCAUCGCCGCAGUCUUGGUCUGCAUCGGUGGUGCCGCUGGCAAGGACAGCAGCAAGACAAAGACCUCAUACUUUGGUCGCAAGAGGAGCACACGCAGCAGGGGAAGCUUCAUCGAUAGCUCGAGCGACCGACGCGUCAAGGACGAGUAUGGCAUCCCAGCACCGACUUCCUAUGCUCGUGACCCAGCAUAAAUGCGCGGUGCUAAUAUGAGGCUCGCAGGUACGAUUAAACGCGUCUCGCCAUCAUAAUUAAUUCAACGCGACGAAGUACCAUGAACGACAGCACCCAAGCACGUGUGAAAGACGGGGAAAGAUGAUGGGUGAAGAGUUAUAUCUCGUAACGUUCGACAUGUAUUGACGCCUCUUACGACUGCACGGCUAGUUUUUGAUGCCACCAGAGUUUGAAUAUACGAUACCAACUGGAAUAAGUCUGACCGAAAGAAGAAAAAUAUGUAAUGUGUUUUCCGAUGUAAUGAUAUCAAAUCUUCUCAGAUGCUCUUCCUCCCCA